CGUGGCAUAUCUUUGGUAGGCCCACUGCCAGCGACUCCCGGCACAGAGCCUCGCCCCGCACGCCUCUUCCCCUCCUCUCCCCUGCCCCCUCCCCCCUCGCCGGCGGCCGAUGGGCGCCGCCACGAAGCCGCCCCCGUUCAUCUGCUUCAAGUGGCCGUGGGGCCCUAACCCUGUCCCGUCGCCGGACCCCGGCCCGAGCCCCUGCGGCGACCUCGAGCUCCCCUGGCUCUUCAAAUCCAUCCGCACCCUCGCGCAGGGGCUCGUCAUCGCCGGCGACCUCCCUCCGUCCCCCGCCUCCGCCGCCGGGGGAGGCGGGAGGAGGCGGAGAGGGUGGGGGCGACCCGGGGCCGUGCAGGUGGAGGCGGACCGCGGGGACGCGGAGCAGCGGGCCCUGGCGGCGGCGCUGGCCAGCGGGAGGCCCGCCACGGUGCUGGAGUUCUACUCGCCGCGGUGCCGCCUCUGCGCAUCGCUGCAGGGGCUCGUGCGGGAGCUGGAGGAACAGACCGGCGGGGCGGCCGGGUUCGUGCUCGCCGACGCGGAGGAUGACCUGUGGCUCCCCGAGCUUCUGCAUUACGAUAUCAGAUACGUCCCUUGCUUUGUGCUCCUGGACAAGCACGGCAGAGCUCUAGCGAAGACUGGGGUGCCAACCAGCCGGCAGCAUGUUAUCGCUGGUCUCCAUCACCUCUUGAAGAUGGAGCAGCCAUCUGGGCAUGAAGGAAACCAGAGCGUGCCUCCAUCAUGAACAUAAAGCCAAGCGCUUGAGCAAGAUCUGUUAUGGCAAGGAAAAUUCUCAGAAUGUGCAUUUUGUUUGGCAAGCGUGACAAUGAGCAACAUUGACACUUCAAUUCUUUAGCCGAUUAACAGUACAUUUUGUAGGUGCAAAAGCAGCUCAUUUUUUUUCUUUUAUUGGGAUGUAGUGACCAUAGCUCGAUAAUGUCAGCCUUAAAAUAGGCUCUCCAUUUUUCUCUCAGAUUUUCUUGGUGAAGCUUUGUAUUUUUUGUCAGGAAAUGUAGUGAAACUGAAGUCGUUUCCUGUUCUUCA